GCGUCUUGCCAGUGAGCGUCUGCCGUCUGCAGAGCGCGGAGCUCCGUACAGUCAACAGGAGGCAGCCGCUCCGAGUACCACCUGGAUAAACAGACAAGUGAACCGCGGCGUUCACCGUCGACUGAAUCCACGUCGUGACUUUAUUCUUGCUUUGCUUUUUAUUCUUGUGGAGUGCGUCCACAGUGGUGCGUGGUUGUACCUGAUGAACCUGACAAAAUGUGGAAUACAAGUGGUUUCCACCUUGGAAGUGACGCGAAGUCGCCUUUACAGUAAGGAGCUCCAAGUGCACUUUGCAGGGGCGUGUUGUUAAUUGAAAUCGAUCCCGCGGUUUUCAUCCUCCUCUUCGCCCCUCUGCACACCUUCAGCAUGACUUCACUAUCUGGGUCCAAGGAGAGAUCCGCGGCUGGCCGGGGCAGAAAGUACACGAUACCCGACACUUCCCCCACCAAAUCAGCUUCCUUUUUCUCUGACACAUGGUACCGAAAGGCUUACGAGGAAACCAGCCGGUCCAGCUCUCGUCCCGCGCCUGAGGGCGUUGGCUCCAUGCCUAGCUCAACGGGCACCCCUUCUCCUGGCUCGGGGAUCUCCUCACCGGGGUCCCUCUCUGGAUCGCCAGGGACCAUCUCCCCGGGGAUUUGCACCGGAUCUCCGGGUUCUCUUGGCGGCUCUCCGGGUUUUGGGACGGGCUCCCCGGCCUCGGGCAGUGGAAGUUCCCCUGGGAGUGAACGAGGGAUUUGGUGUGAGAACUGCAACACAAGGCUAACGGAGCUGAAAAGACAAGCGUUAAAACUUCUCAUCCCGGGACCUUAUUCCAGCAAGGAUCCAUCCUUUCCCCUCCUCCUCCAUGAUAAGCUGCAAGUCCCCAACAGUUCCCGGCGGGCAUGGAACGAGCGCGACAGUCGCUGUGACGUGUGCGCCACUCACCUCACGCAGCUCAAACAGGAAGCCGUGCGCCUGGUGCUCACCUUGGACCAGUGGGAUUUGUCUCCUUCCUCAUCCCCGCCUCCUUUCUUUGGGCGCUACACAUCCCAGGGAGCUUCCGGAUCCAGAGAAUGGCCCGCCUCGUUUCUCCCCUCCUCUUCCUCAUCAUCCGCAGCUGCCGUUUCACACCUCACUCGUCCCUCAUCACCGUCGCCGAGUCCCAACCAGACCCCGACACCAAGCCCCAGCCACGCAGCGUCCGCCUCUGCUCACGGGAGUCCUUCUGCCGGACAAACGGCCUCCUGCGCACCCUUGAACCAACAAGUGCACAGACUGGGCUCCAAACCCAGCUCACUGGGCCUCGGAGGUGGGAUGGAAAGACGGAACGGGUCGCCCGGUUCUGGAAAAACGGCCGUGGCCCAACAGCAAAUUGUGAGUGCAGUGAACAAUCCAGGGAAUAGCAGCACAAACAGCAGUAACAACACAGCAGGUCAUCAACACAUGAACAGAACUAAUGGAGGAGUUACGCUCUAUCCGUACCAGAUCUCCCAGAUGGUGUCAGAUGCAUCCAGAGAAGGUUUGACCGAGGCUGCCCUGAACCGCUACAACACACACUCGCCUUCACACAGCAACUCAACAUCACACACAAACUCACCCUCACACACUGCGGCGACCAACACCACGUCGCAGACCACCAGUUCGUCUGCAGCCUCUUUUUUUGCCAGAGCUGCACAGAAACUGAAUCUAACAUCCAAGAAGAAGAAGUUGAAGGCUGCACCAACAGUGCCGCUGCCCGUGACAUCGGCGUCACCAUCAUGCGACAGCCAAUUAUUCCCCACCAAUUUCAGCUCCGCCCUUCUGGUAGCCCCGCCCCCAGCUCCUCCCUGCCUUCUCCGUGCAGCCAAUAAGAUUAAAGACACUCCUGGUCCCGGAAAGGUGAAAGUGAUGGUGCGUGUGUGUCCAGCGUCUCAGUCGGAUGUGGCCGAGUCCAGUUCUUUUCUCAAAGUGGACCUGAGGAAGAAACAGAUCAUCAUCAUGGACCCGUCAACCAAUCAGACGGCAAGCACCGCUUCCCAGAAAAGAGCAGCGGCCAGCCAGGUCCCUCCCAAGAUCUUUACCUUUGACGCCGCCUUCCCCCCUGAUGCGUCACAGGCGGAAGUGUGCGCGGGAACGGUUGCCGAGGUGAUUCAGUCAGUAGUGAAUGGAGCAGAUGGAUGUGUCUUCUGUUUUGGACACUCCAAGCUGGGCAAAUCUUAUACGAUGAUUGGCCGCCAUGACUCCCUGCAGACGCUAGGUAUUAUCCCUUGUGCCAUCUCUUGGCUCUUUAAACUCAUCAAUGAGAGGAGGGAGAAAACAGGGGCGCGCUUCUCUGUCCGCGUGUCCGCAGUUGAGGUUUGGGGCAAAGAGGAGAACCUGAAGGAUUUACUCUCUGAGGUAGCUACGGGCAGUUUACAGGAUGGACAGUCUCCUGGAGUCUAUCUGUGCGAGGACCCCAUCUGUGGCAUGCAGCUCCAGAACCAGUCCGAAUUGCGUGCUCCGACACCGGAGAAGGCGGCCUGGUUCCUGGACGCGGCCAUUGCGGCCCGCCACAGCAGCCAACGUCCCGACACCACUGAAGAAGACCACAGGAAUUCACACAUGUUGUUUACGUUGCAUAUUUACCAGUACCGAAUGGAGAAGACAGGCAAAGGAGGAAUGUCUGGAGGUCGCAGUCGCCUCCAUCUGCUGGACCUGGGCAGCUGCGACGUCGGUGUCCUCGGAGGCGGGACGGCCGGGAAAGGCAAGGAGAGCUCUUCGCCCAGCUCGGCGCCUCUGUGCCUUUCCCUGUCAGCCCUCGGCAACGUGAUCCUGGCCCUGGUCAACGGGAGCAAACACAUCCCGUACAAGGACAGCAAGCUGACCAUGUUGCUGAGGGAGUCGCUAGGCAACAUAAAUUGCCGCACCACCAUGAUCGCUCACAUCUCGGCCUCGCCGGCGGAUUUUUCGGAAAGCCUUUCCACCAUCCAGAUCGCGUCCCGCGUCCUACGCAUGAAGAAGAAAAAAACUAAGGUCACCGUGCAAUACACCUCCAGCUCGUCUGGAGGAGAGAGCUCCUGCGAAGAAGGUCGCAUGCGUCGGCCCACUCAUUUGAGGCCUUUCCAUCACCGCGGUGACCCCAACUCAACCGUGCCGCUGCUGCGCCUCUCCAGUGACCAGGACGAGCAAUACUCAAGUAGCGAGCAGUCAUGUGACACCGUCAUCUAUGUUGGUCCCAACGGGGCCGCGGUAUCAGAUCGAGAGCUGACAGACAACGAGGGUCCGCCGGAAAUUGUGCCAAUAAUUCCCGCUCUGCUACGAGCAAAAUCAGAAACGCUACAAAGUCAGGCGGUCCAGAAGCAGGUGCAGCCUGAACCCGAAAGCCAGGAUCAACCAGGCGGUACAGCUCAGGCCCAGUGCGCUCAACCGAUACUCGGACAGCCAUUGGCCACCGUGCCUGAGGAGGGGGCUGAGUGUCUAAAAUGUAACACCUUUGCUGAGCUGCAGGAGAGACUGGACUGCAUUGAUGGCAGUGAGGAGGUGGCAAAGUUUCCCUUUGAGGAGGUUUCGGUCUGCAAGCAAGAAUCCAAAGAGCCGUGUUUCCCCUCUACAGACUCAAUCGCUCCUGCUAAGAAUGCAUCUGCCGCGCCAUUAAACACAGAGGCCAAAACAGGCGGUGCAGUCCAGCUCUCCUCCUCCUCAACAGAAACGUCCAGAAGGAAAACAAAUGAUGAGCAGCUGCAAGAUAUAAAGGAGGUGGUGGAGGAGGCAGAGCUAGCUCAGACCAUGAUCCACAGUCUGACACAGAGUUCCGGGUCCACCCUCGUGUCUGGGAGUAGGAAUGUUGCAGGAAGCAACGUCUCGAACCCUCUGCACAGGGCCAAGACCACACACCAACAUGAUAGUCGUGACAGUGUGACCAUGGGAGUUAACACUGAGGGGAAAGCAAGGCCACUCGGUUCACCGCGCCUUGGGAUUGCCAGUCUGACGAAAACUUCAGAGUACAGGCCUCCGUCCUCCCCGUCUCAGCGGUGUAAAGUGUACACUCAGAAGGGAGUGAUACCAGCAACAUCUCCACUGUCCUCACACACUCAGGAUGAACAAGCAACAGAAGCUUUGACCUCAGACAACAGUCUGGCCGCAGACAGCGGUCGUUCCUCCACCGAGUGUCCACUGUCCAGAACAUCUCCUGUUGGUAUGAGUCCACAAGUCAAAGAUCCGACUCCAUCCCUGUCUACCAGCUUGGGCUCUGCAGAAACCCUCUGUGAUGAUGACGUCCCUCCGAUACCCUUGGAUACACACAGGGAUGGACUAGCUGGACAUCACUUGCUGUGUGAGGAGCUAUCAAUAGAUGAGGAGGCACUCGAUGACACAGCUCUCAUGAUGACGCAGCGUCUAACCUGUCGUCCACCGAGCAUUAUCAGCUUCAAUAGUGACUGCUGCUCUGUGGACGUCCAGGCCAGUGGAGUGCUCACAAGCCCUGUAGAGGAUGGAGCUGCAGAGAGCUUUCGUGUGAUUGCAACAAGCUCUGAGGUUACAGAGGUUGUCGCCAUGGCAGAGGUGGCAAUGGCCAAGCUCCGCAUGGACGGGGAUACAAUUGUCUCAGUGAUGACCCCUAUCUCCUCCUGGAUGAGUGAUCUAAGUGCGUGCAGUGAGGGUGAUCACUCACUUCACAGCUUCAGCCAGUCUCAAAGUCAUCAAGGGGAAGCCUUGGCUGAAGCCAACCAAAUUUCCUUGGGAUUGGAUGGGUCAGGAGAUAACGGAAGCCGUGGACGUUUUAGAAGAGGGAGUCUAGAAGGAGCGCUGUCAGAAAACAGAGGGGAGAAGGGAAUGCCUACCAAGGACAGAUUGAGAAAAAUGCCUCCAUCUAUGGCUAAAACGACCAUCCAGUCUUUGACAACACUUGGGAACCUCUCUACCUUCAAGAACCCAACCAGUACUCACCCUUGUGUAGCUAUCAAACAGAUGGCUGUGCAUCAACCAAUAAUCUGCUCCUCACCAACAAAAUUUAACACAGAGCAGUUAGCUUCCAUUUCCAGUGAAAUGAGCUUUGAGGACCCCUGGCUGAUGCGUGGUAUGGAGGAUGGGAGGCCCAAUGAAGAAGUCAGGCCAGUGAAGAGGGAGGCGGAGCAUCCAAAGAGCCAAUCAGGGCAGAAGAUUGAAGCAGCUGGAAAUGGAAACAUUGAGAAAUUCUGCAGGACUGCCGUUGAAGAUCAUGGUGGCUCUAGUUCAGGCGCAGAGGUGAUAUCAUCUCCAGACUCCUUCAAGAGAGUGGUGGAUGGCUGUGAGAUGGUCACUAGUCUUGCUCAAGGAGAAUGCUUGGUUGAUAACUACAAACCAGAAAUCCAUCGAACUGCCAGUCUCCCUCGUGCCUGGCAUCGGCUGAACCGCCAAGACGGUUUAGAUAACACAACAGAGUACAGGAAUCUUGGUACCACCUCUUCAACUCCCUGCAGUCCACGUGCCACACUCGACCGCCGGGGUUCGACUGGAAAACAAGGAUUUUUCUCCCACAAGAAGGGAGGGAUGCCACCUUUGCCACCUGUACGCAAGUCCAGCCUUGACCUACGCAACAGGGCAGCCAGUCCACUCCACCAGCCCAUCCAUGAGGUCUCCAUACCGGGCAGUUCUACAGAUGAUCCAUGUGGCACCAGGCAGCGUGGCUCCAGUAUCGACAGUAGUAGACUCUUUAGCGCAAAGCUGGAGCAACUUGCGAGCAGAACUAACUCUCUUGGUCGAGCCAACAGUGGAUCGCACCAUUAUGACUGCUUGUCCCUGGAAAGGGCCGAAAGCCUCCGAGGGGGAGGGUCAAAGGGAGAUGGUACCAUACCUCGUACCGGUCGCAGCCUCACUCGUGCCGGAAACGGCGCUGGAGGUAGUCCCGGUACAUGUAGUGCUCCGCAGUCGCCUGCCAAAUCAAGUGGUCAGUCAAAGAUUUCGGCUGUCAGUAAGCUACUAAUGACCAGCAGUCCCAAAGCCCGAAGUCUGUCUGCCUCCAGCACCAAGACUCUCAGCUUUUCUACCAAGUCUCUGAGCCAAGCCUCAAAUAGAAGCUCUAGCCUUCCCCCAAAUGGAAAGCCACAAAGCAGCAUUCAAGUUCCUGUGCAGCAGCAGGGACCCUCUCCUGCAUCGUGGUCUACGCAGUCUCUGAGCCGCAGUCGAGGAGGAAGUUUGGCUGCCAAGCUUCCCCUGCGGGCUGUCAACGGCCGUAUCUCAGAGCUUCUCCAAGGAAGUGGCGGUUCACGUUCCAGGAAUCAUGCCCAGGGAGGAGGUGCUGAUCCAGCAGAGGAAAAAGUCACUGGAGGGGCAAGUGGCGGGGCACUGGUAGCGGGCGGUAUUGCUGGAGGAGGCACAGUGGAGGAAAGAGCACCAGCAGUCCAAAGCCUUCCAUCUCCCUACAGCAAGAUCACUGCUCCGAGAAAACCGCAUCGAUGCAGCAGUGGCCAUGCCAGCGACAACAGCAGCGUACUGAGUGGCGAACUGCCCCCGGCCAUGGGGAAGACGGCCUUGUUCUACCACAGCGGAGGCAGCAGCGGCUACGAGAGCAUGCUAAGAGACAGCAGCGAGAACACAGGAAGUACUUCCUCGGCUCAAGACUCGCUCAGUGAGCACAGCUCAGCCACCACCUCUUCCAGACGCAGCUCCAAGAGCAACAAGAAAAGCAGGAGCAAUACUGGAUACUUAGGAGGUCUCCAGCGUCGCCGUCUGAUUCCGGCACUGACCUUGGACUCCUCCACGUCUCCUCACCGCUCGGCCAAACAGGCUGCCACGUCCUCUUCUUCCUCCUCCUCCAGCCCGGGGGCAUGUUGGGUGGACGGACCACUGGGGCCGCCCGCCUCUGCAAACUUACGAGGUCCGGGAGCCGCCACAACGGAGGCCUUUGAGAUCAAGGUGUACGAGAUCGAUGACGUCGAGCGCCUGCAGAGGAGGAAGGACAAGGUGGAGACCAAGGUUUACGUCAGUGGCAAGCUUCGCCUUCUGGAGCACCGUCAGCAGCGCAUCAGCGAGGUGCGAGCCAAAUACCAGUGCUUGAAGAAAGAGCUGGAACAAACCAAACAGCACCUGAUGCUGGAGCCUCAAACAUGGACCACCGAGUUCGAGCUGCAGCAGGUUUACGAGGUGGACUCGCUGGAAUAUUUGGAAGCUCUGGAGACGGUGACGGACAAACUGGAGAAUAGAGUGAACUUCUGCAAAGCUCACCUCAUGAUGAUCACUUGCUUUGACGUGUCAUCCAGACAUCGGUAGAUGCACGGCGAGGUGGCUGAACACCUUUUCUGUCAAUGUAGAAACCGCUGCCAAAUAAAUACUUCUCGUCUGGAAUAAUUGAAAGAAGUGUUCUUGUGAUGGACUGAGCCAAUCUUCUACACUUCUUCUCCACGUGAAGGUAAGCGGGACAAGUGAUGGAUGAAUCAAUUGGAGAUGUACAAUAGGUAAAUGACCGUUUGGGAGAGCCUGUCUUCAUCUGGAAGGACAAAACAGCUGAAGAAGCAGUUUACCAAGAAGCUUUCAAACAACCAACUGGUGGCAAAUGACCCAUAUUGCCAUCCUUUUUGUAAUACAGAGGUACAAAACAAGAAAUUGGGGCUCACAGCAUGCCCCUUUGUUCAAUUAUUAAAAAAGACCAAGAAGUAGUCAGCAGUCAGAAGGAUAAAUAAACUCAAUGAGAAAAAGUGCCUUGUUAACACUUCAAGAAUACCAAGACUCUCCUUGACCUUUUGUCCACAUACAGUAUGGUGCUAGCAUAGGAAAAUAUACAAAGAUGAGCAUCUUUGAUGGAUUCAUCGCCAUCUGGAAAUGCGACGUACUUCUUUGUGUGGGUUCAAGUUAUGUGGGAGCCGGGCCCCCGCCAAGUACACCUGAGCUGCCAUAAAAAAGUGGAUUCAGCCAUAUGUGGGGGUCUUUUAUGAUUUAUCCAUCUUUUGUCUAUAGUGCUUGUCUUUGUUAUGGUCGAAGGUGAGAUAGAGCCUAAUCCACCAGUCUCUAAACUCAAACAGUGUUGCCUUGGGAUUUUAAUUUACUUCCUUUAAAACCACCUUAGCCACUCAAAAAAGGUUGUAUCUUAAAUCAUCUUUCCAUAUCGAAAUGCCAUAAAUCUGUUCCAGCCUCCGUCUAAUUUUUAAAAUAGCACUCUAUUUUCUUGUACUUUAUAAGUACAUAUGGUAAAAACCAUGAAAUGCAAUGUCAUAGUUCAUUUUGCGUCUCUUUCUUUCGACAAAGACAUUAUCUGCUGUGAUAUUCUGCUGGUUCUAUAUUUAGUUUGACAGUAAAUCCCCUGGGAGUCAUUAAAAAGUUUGAAACUUCUUUAAUUGUAUUUUCACUCGUAUCUCAAGGCAACACUGUACCGUGUGCAGAAUAUUAAAAACCGCAGGGCUCUACAAACCUGACAAAAUGAAUCUGUUUGUUUUGCGCCACGCCGUCAAGCUUCUAACUCAAACACUUCUCAUACAAGAUGUUUUACAUGUUGAGGACAUUGGCCAAGACACCGAAAUUAAGUAAAAAUACAAAAAGAACAAAUGGAAUCAGGUUAUUUAUAAAACUAAAAAGGAACCAAAUAUGUGGUGGAACUUCAGUGUUUUAAAGAAAAAGCAAAUUUGUAUUUAUUUUGGUGGCGUGUUGAGCUUGACUUUCUACUCGCAAAACGUCUGCGCUGCUCAUGAUGUGAUGGCUUUUCCGUGUUCACGAAGCAGCCCAGGAAUGUUUCAUUCUCGUCAGCGCAUCCAUUGAUCGACGCUUGUCUGUUAUUUGUAUCCGUGUCGUACGGCUCUAUUUGUAAAGAAACUCAAUGACUUGUCAGUGUGUGUGUGUUUUAUACUAAUGGAAGGCAAUGGGACCAUGUAGAGAUGCUAACCGCAUUCGGCUUUACUUUGGGGACAUUAUGCGUCUUGCGUCUGCGGUUCAUUCGAGAUGACAGUUUUCUCGACGUUAUGUCACGGAUCAGCAAUGAAUCAUGAAGCCUUUGCACUGAUGUGAAAACCUCAGAGACACAACAUUGGACUGAGAGCUAUUGGCCAUGGAAAAGAGAGCUUACAUCUAAUUGAACAAUGCCUUUAUUUAGAUAAGUAUUACAAUAUCACCGGGACAAAGUUGCAAGUUUUAGUCUAGAAAUUAGAAUAAGGAAUUAUGGCCUCCAAAAUGUAGCAGUGGUUAUGGCUGUCAGUGCAAACAAAUAUUCUAAAAAUGUACUCAUAUAUAAUAAAAUUAAAGAGGACUUUAGUUAGGGAUAAAAAUUCAGAGGCGGGGAUUUCUGCUGGGUUCCAUGUCUUUUACAUGAUUUUAUAUUCUUCUCUAUGGUGCUUGAGAUGUUUCUGCUCUAAAUGUUUGUACAAAUAUAAAUUUAUGAAAGAGUGAUUUGUGUCAGAAAUAACCUUUAAAAAAAAAUCUUGAACAUCACUACAGCAGCUUCGAUGCUUCACUACCCCUCCUCCUUCUCCUGAGCAAUUUGUUUCUCAGUGUUCAAUGUAUGCCAAAUUGGAGGAGAUAAUGUAACAGAGUAGCAGGAUAUAAACUGUGUGAGGUUUUGGACCUUUUCAUGGCUGGCUGACUUAAGUGAAAGUCAUUUAUCUCCACAUGCAGAGGCAGACUGGAGGUAAUCUCCUGGGAACAGCAAAAACGCUAAUGUAUGUUUGAUAAACUGGCCUUUCAAUGUGUUUAUACAGAGAGUACAACAUCAGAAUGUUUCUUAUUUUCUUUCUCAUAGUGGAUCAAAGUCUAUUUAUUUCAGCUAUUGAUGUGUAUUUAUUUAAGCCUUACGAUGUUUAAAGGUUACUAUGCAUUUAGGAUAAAAAAAAAAGAUAACUGUAUAUAUGUUGCCAAACACACUAAAUAUACUAAAUAUGAUGUUAAUGCCCAAAAUGAUUCAUUCACUGGCCAUACUUACUGUUAAAGUGGGUCUUUAAGCUAAAAAAUUAUACAAUGAAGUCAACUGAUGGUAAAAUGUUAUUGAAAUAAUAAUUGAAAUUAUAUGCUAUUCUCAUUUUUUUUUUUAAUUCAGUUUGGAAAACAUUCCAUGUUCAAAAUUAGUCCAAUUUGGCUAGAUGUUAAGAUGAUCCUUAGGGUAAAACAAAUCGUUGAAAA